GUGGGCGGCGGCGGCGGGGUGUGUGCGCGUUGGUGGGUGGUGGGUGCAUCUUUCCUCUGGCCCCCGCUUGGGUUAGCCGCUGCUGCUGCUGCACGACCUCUGCUACGUUUCCCGCCGGCUGUGGAGGUCUCUUCCCCGGCAGAGCUGUCUCCUCUCGCAGCUCCCCCGCCCCUUCCGAUCAUACGUGCCUUGAGGCACCGACCUCCGCAUGCACAGUUGUUGUUUUUUCACUCUUGGGAGGCAGUUUGGAGCAUGUGAAAAACCAUUAAAAAAACCCUGGGAACCUGAGUUCCAGUAUGUGGUAUAUUAUGCAGAGCAUUCAGAGUAAAUAUUCUUUGUCGGAGCGAUUGAUCCGGACUAUAGCAGCCAUCCGAUCCUUCCCGCAUGACAAUGUUGAAGACCUGAUCAGGAGGGGAGCAGAUGUUAACUGUAUGCAUGGUACCCUGAAGCCAUUGCACUGUGCUUGCAUGGUUGCUGAUGCAGAUUGCAUUGAGCUGUUGCUGGAAAAAGGAGCUGAGGUCAAUGCCCUUGACGGGUACAACCGAACAGCACUUCACUAUGCAGCAGAAAAGGAUGAGACCUGCAUGGAGAUUCUCUUGGAAUAUGGAGCAAACCCAAAUGCUCUGGAUGGAAACAAGGACACACCACUGCACUGGGCAGCCUUUAAGAACAAUGCCGAAUGUGUCCGAACGCUCUUGGAAAGCGGUGCCUUUGUCAAUGCUCUAGAUUACAACGACGACACCCCCCUGAGCUGGGCAGCGAUGAAGGGAAACCUAGAGAGUGUGAGCAUCCUCCUGGAAUUUGGGGCAGAGGUCCGGGUGGUCAAUUUGAAGGGGCAGACCCCAAUCUCCAGGCUGGUUGCCCUGCUGGUCAGAGGACUUGGCACCGAGAGGGAAGACGCUUGCUUCGAUCUACUCCUCAGAGCCGUUGGACACUUUGAGCUGCGGAAGAAUGGUGCCAUGCCCCGUGAGGUCAUGCGGGAUCAGCAGCUUUCUGAAAAGCUGACCAUGCUGUGCUCUGCCCCAGGCACCUUAAAGACCCUGUCACGCUAUGCUGUGCGCCGCAGCCUGGGAGUCCAGUUCCUGCCUGAUGCAGUGAAGGAACUGCCCUUGCCCAACUCUCUGAAAGAUUAUGUGCUGCUUAAGUGAAAGUCUGUGGGGUUUCUACUGAUCGUGCAGAUCAGUUGACUAUUGUGCAGCUUCCUUCCUGGUGGUUUACACAGACUGCAGUAGCGACAUGAAAUAGUUUUUGCUGCUCUGUCUCUAUCCUUGCAGGCCAGCGGCCUCCUGUUCCCCUUGGCGCUGGCUGAUCUCUCUUCUCUCUCUCUCUGCUGCAGUUGCAUUGUUUCCUUCAAGGAAGAGGCUGGACUAUGCCUUUUGUGCCCCUUUAGGGCUGGGGUGGGGUAUGGCUCUCUAGAAUCAUCCCUGCUCAUUCUCUUCUGCAGCAGAACUUUUCUGCAAUUCUACUUCUGUUUUCUGCUGAGCAUCUUUCAACAGGAGGUAGAGUUGUUUUCUGGGGCUGUUUAAUAUGUUGCUGUUGGCGGCAGAAAGAGACCCUUAAAACAGGAGGGGAAGAGAAACAACUGAGGCAGUACAUAACAGUGAAGCACUUGGGAGACUACCUUUCUGCUUCUAGCUUUAUAGUUUUGAGUCGGCAUUUUCAUUUUCUAGUGGGAGGUGAGCUGUUCCUCUCAAGGGCUAAAGAGAAUGCAGUAGCUUGGUGGAUUUGAAUAAAUCUUGAGAAGUAAUCUUCUGUAGGAAUUGGAGGGCACCUCUCUGUAUUGCACCAUCUCUUUUACACAUCUCCUGUUCACUUGCCGAGCAGUGCCAAAAUCACAGGAAAGGGAGAAUAAAUACUGUAUCAGGAUCAUGUUUUGUUAUGACUUGGCCAGAUAGACACAUGCAGCAAAAUAAGACACUAGAAGCUUUGGGGUGCAGGCAGGGGGGUGAGGUGCAGCUGUGGAAUAGGGUGCCUGAAUGUUCCGUCAUGGAGGAGAAAAAGCCCCUUGUAAGUGAAAAAUGUAACGUGUCCGGGAGGAAACUUAUUUACCAGCCCUCUCCCUGCUUGCUAGUUUCGUUUUAUGCGGAGGUGUUUUUUCAGCCUAGAAAAGCAUCCAGAGACGUGCAAAAUUAAAAUGGGUGCCUGUACUCUGAAAUGCUUGCUAUAGCUCAUUCUGCUCCCUCGUCUGGCUGCAUGUGGAGAUCCAGUUUUGGUCUGUUGGGAGAAGAGGAUUGGUCUGUUAGAAAAGAGGAUGGCUUGUUGGGGACAGCUAUCUGUAGGCAUAUAGAUUGUGCAUUUUCUUUUUAAUCCAGUAGCAAGACAAUCUGAAGUACACACAUGGGAUUUAUAUCUUGUACAGUGAUAAACCUAGUCCCUAUCUACAUGGUGUGUUUGUGUAUCUUAUCUAUGGCUUUAAAGCUUGCUAAAUACAUGCUUCAAUCUGCAUUGCAGCUCCAGAGUGGUACCUAGCGUGUUCAGCCAAGUCCUGAUUUGCCUUCAUAUCAUACAGUUUAAGAAGCAUUCAAUUAUGUAUUUAAUAAACUUGACCCACAGUGCCCCCCCCCCGGUUGAAAUAGCAGACAUCCUUCUCUCAGCACUUAAGAGAUGUUUUCUUGAUCAGAACAAUGGACAGCCAUCCCCCUUGCAACUGCUGAACAGCUCAGUUAAUAGUGCCUCCUGGUGUCUUAACUUCCCCUUCGCCCAGAGAUGGGAUUAUGCUUUCUGAGCAAGGGUGAUAAGUCAUGGGGUGGUGUCAUUGCUUCUCUAUUGGUGGGGAGUAGCAGUCAAUAUUGGAGGCAUGUCCCUGCUGUAAGGGGUACAGAAUAGCGAUGUGGCCAACAUAGUAGCUUAUGUUCUCAAGGUGCAAUUCAGUGUGGGGAGAAUCAUUGUUCUAAUCAACUUCUGAAAUAAUCAUUGGUAUGAACCACAAGUCUGCUGUUCUGAUUCAAUGUAAAAAGAGCCAUCAGGUUCUAUCUACAUAUUUCUACACUUUUUCUGCCUAACACAGGCAUUUGAGCAACAUUGCUUUGUGCAGAACCCCAUGGUUUCUGACUUUCACGCAGAUACCUCCAAGUGCAAUGCAGUUCUCCUCUCCUCUCCUCUCGGAUCUCUUCUGUUCCAUGGAUUUGGACCUGCCUUACCUCACACUGAGCAUUCAGAAACCAUACCUUGUGAAGAACAAGCCACACCGUGAGCUCAGUGUCCCCAUUCCCAAGGGCUCUGUUUCUGUGUUGGAAGGUUCAGCAAGCAAGCAACUUGUGUGGGAUAUUAACGUUUGCUGAUUAAAUGUGUGAUGUACUGGACACUUAUACUAAUGUGCUUGUGUUUUCAUUAAGAUAGCUUAAUGUGUAACUGGCAGUCACAUAAUUUCCUUUCCUCAGGAAAGUCUUUGUAUUGUAUUUACUGCCUUGUGCAGAUCAGCAUGGUGUUCUCGGUUGUUGCAAUCAAGGCAUCUCUGUGGGUUAUCCCCAUCACGUGCUCCUGGGCAGGACUAUGUAAAAUAGCUAAUAGAAAGCCUCUUAGAGCCCGACGGGGAUGACCCCGCCCAGUUCUUACAGUCCUGCGUUGCUCCUGGCAGGUUCUCUUUCUCAUCUCGUUCGUCAGGUUCUUAUUCAAUUCUUCCCUUUUGUCUUUGCUGUCCCAUUGUUCUUAUCAAUUUCCCUCAAUUUCUUUGUCAUUUCAUCUUAAAAUAAAAAAUUAAUAUAC